AUGUUGGCCGUUGCCGAAAUUGGCUACAUCCUCACGGAUGUAUCUCUGCGGAGUACCCGACAAAGUACGUGGUGGAAGGUGCAGUGGCUUCUUCCUGUGUUGACCUAUGGCACCUACGUCCUCUGUGCGAGCACGUUCAGCCAGAGGACCGAAGCAGCGAACUACGGACUUGGCCACCACAGCAGCAAAGAUUUCUUUCUUCAGGUGGCGGAGGAAGGCCAUGCUUGGCCCAUUCGGCCGAGCAGGCCAACGCGCUUCCGCCGGGACGGCCCAGCAAGAGAGGUAGACCCGUCCAUGGCGGCCGGUUCGCUUGGAUGCCAGGAGCUUGUGCAGAGUGAGCCGUCACGGAACUGGAAAGCUACGCGACAGGUCCGUCAGGUCGCAGGGACCUGUUGUGCCCUCGCUGUGCUGUACGUCCUGUUCGACUGCAUGGGCCGCCUUUCAUGUGUGGCGGGCGCAUCGCCUGACAUGAUGGGAUUCAUUGCCAGAGCCUGA